GUCAUUGGUGGAUUUGGGAACGUUGAUGCCAUAGCGCUGCUUGGUACUACAUUGGAUCUGCACAAGGGACGAUAACCUAAAUGAUGAUUCAAAGCGAAACAUCGCAGAAAAACUAAGCCGAUGAAUGUCCUCCACAUAAAGCAGCAACUCGCCCUAUUUAACUUGAAGAAGGAAACUCUCCGCUGUGACUGCUCGUAGCACCGUUAGCCGUAUGAGCAUGAAAAGUUAAACAUUAGCAUGAGACAGUUUGAGAACUCUGCCGAUCUGGACUCUUUUAUUAAAGAACUGGAGGAAGAGUCUCAGACUAAGUUUAUCACCUUUUCCGUGGACCGCCAUUAUAAUGACAAAGAUUGGCAUCCUUUGCCCGGAAACCGCGUCUACUGGCAGUGGGCUGGGGGCUCUGGGAUGCCAGCCAUUGAAUUCACCGGAGUCCCAUUUAUGUUUGUGGGCUCUAAAAGGCUCGUCUGCCAUCAGGGCAAGGACCUCGCCGUAGCUCAGAAGCAGAGAUAUGCCGAGGAAAGGGCAAAAAAGACGAUGAUUGACCACACUUUAGUUAGGAACAAAUCAAACUCGCAGUCUAGUAAAAAGGUGGGAUGCCCAGCAGCCAUAUCAAUCAGCAAGAUCGCAACAUUCCCUAAAUUCAAGUUGGAAGAAGACAGGGAGAGGAGUAAGAAGGCAGCCUCCAAGAUGCUGAAAGAGGCUUUGGAGAGAGAUCCAGUUGUGUGGGGAACAUGCUAUGUUGUUACACAGCCAAGUGCGCAUGCUGGGCACGCAAUGGGAGAAAUGGAGCCCGUGGACGCAAGAGUGGAGCAGCAGGUGGUGGAGCUCAGAAAGCAGGGCGUGAGGAAGGUCAGCGAGCUGAAGCGUCAUCUUGCUCAGUUUGUAACAGCCGAGCUUUUUAAGGGAGCUAGCCCACCCCCUGCGUCCAGGCGCCGGUACUACCCCUCAGAGAAGGACCUCCGAAAUAUAAUGGCUAAGGUGAAGGACCAGGCUCGGCACAGAAUCGAUCAGGUGAACCUGGAGGGCUUGUUUGAAGAAUGGUGUGCUGCUACACCUGAGGACAAGUUCCAUCUGCGCCUCCGUACAGAGGACGCCUCCUUCCUCUUCUGCCAUCAAACGUUGUGGCAGAUGAGGCUGCUGCGCCUGUAUGGGGCAGAUGUCUGCGUGUUCGAUGCCGCCUACAGAACAAUCCGCUACCCUCUGCCCCUGUGCUUCUUGUGCGUCCGCACUAACAUGUGCUACUCCGUUGUGGGAGUGAUGGUACUCCAAGAAGAAACAACAGAAGCCAUCAAAGAGGGUCUGGAAGUGUUCAAGUGUUGGAACGCAGACUGGAGGCCAGCAAGCUUUAUGGUCGAUUGCAACGCUGCCGAAAUCCAAGCUGUUGAGUCUGUGUUUGAAGGCACCAAAGCGCUGCUCAGUGACUUUCACAGGGAGAAGGCAUGGGACGAAUGGAUACAGAAGGAGCAUCGAGUGGCUGACAAAGGAGAUGCUCUUACAAAGCUGAAAGCGAUAGCCAGCUCACUCACUACAGAGCAGUACGAGGAGGCAGUGAAGGCCCUGAUGGCCAGCCACACCUGGGAACAAAAUCCUGCGUUUCAGAGCUGGUUUUCAGACACGUGGUUGUCCAAAGCAAAGAGAUGGGUGUCUGCCUUCAAAGAAGAGACACUGAAUAUAGCCAUCAUCACAAACCAUGAGACUGAACACCAGAAUAAAUUGUUCAAGCACAAAUACCUGGAGGACUACAGGGACCGGACUUUAUCUGAAAUGCUGGACAUCGUGACACAUGUGUACAUCCCUGAACUGCGGAGGACGUACAUUGAAGCUAAUGUGAGGUCAUACGGACAGUGUGACUCCAGUGUCCCUCCUUUCCUGUGGGACAGACCCGCAGACGUCAUUCAACACAUCACGAGCUGCAUGGAUAGCUCUCUCUCUGAGGGACAUGUGGUCAAGCUGGGCGACGGUGUGUUCAGAGUGAAGAGCGAGACACAGGAGGACCAGUCUUAUGAACUGGCAUUUGGGUCAGACGACAGCUUGCCCUCCUGUCAGUGCGAUGACUGGAGGCGGUACAAGUUGCCAUGCAAACAUUUCUGUGCAGUCUUCCAGAAGGUCCCUGGCUGGACGUGGCAGCAGUUAUCCCUGAAAUACAGGGAACACCCGCUUCUUAACCUGGAUGCCACGUGUUGCUCCAUGACCCCAGACUCAGUGGACGAGUGGGGCACGGAGGUAGUCAGUGAGCCAGUAACCUGCAAGGACACACAAGUGACCUCUGACUGUGACAGUCCACCACGCAAGCGAGUGAGCAAGUCAUAUCUGAGGAAGAAAUGUGUCAACCUCACCAAACAACUCAUGGACAGAAUAUGUACCACUGAAAGCCAAGACACACUUCAGGAACUUUCUGAGACGUUAGGCAGGCUGGUGAAGGGGCUCACACCUGCGUUUGGCAGUGAGGAUGGUAUGCUUCAUCUGGAAGCAAAGCGGGUCCGAGUUUCCAGCUGCACAGACUGAGGGUGGAACCCACAAAGUGGCUGGCCUCGAAAUCAUCAGAACCCUCCCGGAGCCGCGCGAUUUUUUUCGAACGCUCACUACGUCAUCAGAUUCCCGGAAAGGAAACAACCAAUUACAACAAAGCAGCUACAGUCAAGAUGGCGAAGGCAUGAUAUGGAAAAAGCACUUAAGCUUCACAAUAAAACCAAAGUAGUUUUAAUCAAAAA